AUGUCAAUGUACGCCGAUAGUCUUCAGAUUCACAAUGCUAGAGACAGGCCGGACAUAUGGCAGGACAUGAGUCGCCCCGACCACCCGCUAAACGUCUCGUGGCCGGAUUUCCUUGACCAAGAUCCGACUUUUACUCGCUAUUAUCCUAAGCUUAUUGAAUAUGAAGAGCUCGCGCAGUAUCAGUACGCUAUCACUGAGACUGACUCAACCGGCAAGAUAUCCGCCAUCGCCUGUGGCCGAUCUGUGCCCUUUUUCUGGCCCGAUGAUGACCUCGUUGAUAGCUCGGGACAAGUUAGCCCUGAAGCGCUGCAACAGCUUCCUUCAGGCGGCUAUGAUACGAUUCUUGCCCGCGGGGUGCGUCAGUAUCUCACUCGCCAUAACCUCCCCGGCGCAGCAACCGCCUUGACGGAAGACCAGGAGCGCGAUCUCUGGGUGUGUCAGUCCCACAAUCCGCCCAAUGCCCUAGCCGCUAUCUCCAUUACUGUGCGGCCUGAUCGUCGGCAGCGAGGCUUGGCCGAAGCAUUAAUCCAGUCCAUGAAACAAGCCGCCGCUGAAGCACAGCUUCAUCUUCUUGUUGUGCCACUACGACCAACCCGCAAAGCCGACUUUCCCACUGUCCCGAUGAACGAGUACCUCUCAUGGCCCAGUUCCAAGGGACAUGGUCCAUUUGACCCGUGGUUGCGCAAGCAUGUACAGCUGGGCGCGCAGUCCAUCAAGAUUGCUCCAGCUAGCAUGGUAGUCUCAGGGAGUGUGCUGGAGUGGAAGAAGUGGACCGGGUUGGAUAUGGAGCAGUUCGUACAGAAGAUGCGUCCGCAGGAUGUCAGGUUGGAAGUCGUGACGAACAAAGUAUAUGUCGAGAUCCCAUUCCAAGGAGGCCUUGUGCCUCUUCGCUACUAUUUCCUUGAGAGGAGGUGCGUUUAUACAGAGCCAAAUUUGUGGCUGUUUCACAGCGUCCGCGGUUGA